UUUUCUUAUUUGUGUGUAGAGUUUUGCAAAAAUAGCCAAUAGUUACAAAAAAUGUGCUCAAGCCAUCAGAAAAAACUGUAAUAGUUAUAAUGACAGAUUACAGUUUUUGCCCAUUGCUUGAACACUAUAAACCCAUACUUAGACUAAAGUAACACAACGUGAAGCUUUUGUUACCAUACCUCAAACACAUGUAUCCAUACCUUAAACAAAACCGCUGCUUUGCACUCUAGUUGCAAUUAUGCAACACACAUGGUCCUGCAUACUACACUCUAUUUCAUACAUAAGAUGCUUCAUUCAAAAAUGACAUUUCAGGGUGCCAUUUGGAAAACACAUGUAUCCAAAAUACAAAACACAUCAGGUAAUUGCAACCACUCAAAUACACACCUGAAGGCACUUACUUGCAAAACUGAACACCAAUUAGCCAACUAAAAAAAGCCCUCAGUUUAGCCAUUUCAAGAACUUUGCAAGCAUGGAUGGAGAGAGAGGAAGAGCAGGAGGACGAAGAGGACGAAGAGGCCAUGCACGGACCCAUAUUUCUGAUGAUAUAAGAGCAACUUUGGUGGACCAUGUCAUCAACCAUGGCCUGACCAUGAGGGAAGCUGGGCAGAGAGUCCACCCACAUCUAAGCCGCUUCACAGUGGCAUCUGUAAUAAGAACAUUCCGACUAGAAAACAGAAUGACUCAAAGACCUUCUGGGGGAGGACGCCAACGCCUGUUCACACAACAGCAGGAACUUGCCGUUGUGGACCUAGUGAGGGCAGACAAUGCCAUCCAUCUCCACCAGCUACGAAAGAAAAUACUUGCAGACAGGCAAGUGCUCAACAACAUAAACCAUGUGAGCAUCACCACCAUCAGACGCAUCCUGGGAAAACACAGCAUCACCAUGAAGCAGCUCUACAGAGUCCCAUUUGAGAGGAACAGUGACAGGGUCAAAGGACGUCGAGCUGAAUAUGUACGGAGAAUCUUGGCCAUGGAUGGAGCUGCACAGCCUCAUGAAUUCAUUUUCAUUGAUGAAGCUGGAUUCGACCUGUGCAAAACAAGACGACGGGGUCGUAAUGUAAUUGGCCAAAGGGCAAUUGUGCACGUCCCAGGGCAGCGCGGGGGAAUAUCACAUUCUGUGCCGCUAUAAGCCUUCGAGGGCUUCUGCAUCAUCAUGCAAAACUAGGUCCAUGCAAUAGCCAACAUAUACUCACAUUUCUAGAUGCUCUCCAUAAUAUAGUUGUACAGAACAGCCCAGAUCAGCCCAGGUUUGUGGUGAUAUGGGAUAAUGUCAGUUUCCAUCGGGCUGCUCUGGUCCAGGCCUGGUUCUCCAACCACAAUCAACUUGAAGUGGUAUACUUGCCUCCUUACUCACCAUUUUUAAACCCUAUAGAGGAAUUUUUUUCGGCUUGGAGAUGGCGUGUAUAUGACCGCCAACCACAUGUCCGCAUGCCUCUUCUGCAGGCAAUGAAACAGGCCUGCGGCGACAUUCAGGUGACAGCAAUCCAUGGAUGGUUUCGACAUGUAAGAGGAUAUUUUCCCCGGUGCCUAGCGGGAGAAGACAUUGCUUGCGAUGUCGAUGAGGUCCUGUGGUCAGACCCCAACAGACGGCGGGAUUCUUGAGCCCACGUAUGCACAAUUGUCAUGAUUUUUUGUGUUUACAGUAUAGUGUUUUUUCUAUUACUGUAUUAUGUUUGUUUGUUUGUUUUGCUUUAUCUGACUUCAUGGUACUGCAAUGUACAAUACUGAGUAGGCCUAUUUGCUUUUUUGGUUGUUUGAAAAUGUGUCUCCUGCAAAUAUGCCUCCUGAAUAAACAAUGACAAUCAAAGACUGCAGUGUUUUAUAUAAAGUAGACUAGUGUGUUCCCCCUGAUCUGAAAGUGUUUGCAUAUGAUGCAAGUAUGUGUCACUUUGUCAACAGAGUUACAUUUUGACAAAGGAAUGUUGGGUUUUGAGAGUAGAGUUUCAAUUUGGCACACAGUGAAUGGUAUAUUUCCCAGUGUUGUGUCAUGUUUACUUGUGUUUAGAGUUUUGGUACAAUGAGUGCAGUUUUGCAAAAUGUGUUCAAGCAACGGGCAGAAACUGUAAUACUGUAUCGUCUAAACCGAGAGCCGCUUACUGAGAGACACCAGAAAAUAUUAAUUAGGUACUUUAGUUUAGUUUAGUUCAGACAAAACUACGUGUUCUGCAGUUAGUAUUAGGCGCAAUUGUUGAUGCACUUUAUGUUGAAUUUUAACAAUGGACUCACUUACCCUCUACCACAGUGUGUGCUAUUCCUUACCAUGACUUGAUAAAUCCAUCCGAAUAACUGAGUGUGAGUGUGUGUGUGUGUGUG